UGUACACAAUAGCUACAUCAUUGUUUGUUAGCCGUUAGGGUUGCCCGUUUGGUAAAAAUGGCAGGGGGGCAGCUAGACGCCGAUUCGCCAUUCCAUGCUGACUUCCGCACAAUCCUAGCACUUAUUAUCGCCGUCCUGGUUGGUGCAGUGGCGACAGCCGCGGGAGUGGGAGGAGGCGCUAUCUAUAUCCCCUUAUUCAACGCACUCGUAGGAUUCGCCCUCAAGCCCAGCACCGCGCUCUCCCAAGCAUGCAUCACCGCCGGCUCCCUCGCGGCCCUGGUCGCCAACCUGCCCCGCCAGCAUCCGGCUGCUCCAGGGAUGCCGCUGGUGGACUUUGGGCUCAUGGUGAUGCUCACACCGGUGCUGCUGGUGGGGGUGGGAAUGGGCGUGCUGCUCAACGUGAUGCUUCCCUCCUGGCUGCUCACCAUGCUGCUGCUGUUCCUGCUGCUGCUGCUGACGGCGCAGGCGGCGGGGAAGGGUCUAGCCCUCUGGCGAAUAGAGUCCCAGCGUAAGAGCGAGGCGGCAGCAGCGGAGGCGGCGGCAGAGGCGAUCACGUUAGCGGCGAGUGGUCCGCUUGACACGGAAGCGGGGCUGCUCGAGGGCGCCGGUGGCAGCGCAGGCAGCGACGGCGCUCUCGGCAGCGGCGACGGCGGCGGCGGCGGACGCGAGGGCGUGGGCUUACUCUUCGGGGGGGACAGACACCGCGACUCGGCGCACCCGGCGCAUCACCUGACGUCGCCUAGGUGGCGGCGGAUACCGGGGGUCGCGGCGGCCUCAGCGCGAAUCAGUGGCGGCGGCGUCAGUGGCGAAAGCCGGGAGGCGACGCUGCCGUUGCAGGACCUCAGCAGUCAGCGGCCGCGACUAGGCCUGCGACCGGAGGAAGCCGUGUCACUGGGGUCGCUAGAGGGGUUGUACGGCACAACCGGUAUGGCGCCGUACGGCAGUGCCGGUGAUCACGGUACGACGCCGCAAGCGGCGGCGGCGGCGACGCCGCGGCAGUGGUUUCGUGACGAGGCGUCAUGGGAAUGCAUGGAAGGCCUGCCGCCGCCGGCCGCCGCUGUGGUCACCGCUGAAGCCGCCCCCGCCGCCACUUCCCCCGCCGCCGCCGGCCGAAGGGUUCCCCGGGGCACCACCGUCAGCCUGCCGAUCGCCGUCCCCGGCGGCGGCGGCGGCGACUAUUUGCCGACGGCGCCGUCAGCGCCGACGGCGUCCGCCGCCGCCCCGCAGCACCAGCAACAGCAGCUCCCUGCGUCGCCUCCUCGGCCGCCGCCGUCGAUGUCGCACAUGUCGUCCUGGCGAGCCUUCAAUGAGCUGGGUGUCAUCGACUUCCAAUCCACAGCCGCGGAAGAUGAAGAGGAGCAGGCUCUGCAGCUGCACAGUCCCACCAGCCGACGGCACUCCCGUACGCUAUCUCCCUUCGCCGCCGGAUCCCCCACCACCGCCUCCAGAACCACCACUGGCUUCUGGCAGGGAUGGAAUCAGCAGCGGCUGUCAACGUCCGCAGGCCUCGCAGCGACGGGUGACCGACCCAUGGGUCGGCGGCCGUCGUAUGACGGGGCUGCGGGAGUGGGGCCCGGCGGCGCUGCAGCGGGCGCGCCGGGGGAUAGUUGGAUCGAACGCAGAUCCAAGUGGCGGCGGCGCUUUCCCCCUACGGCGCUGCCUCAUCGUACGACAACCGCUCCCGUCGACGGGAGCAGUACGGCGUCGGCGCAAGGUCGGCCGCCACUGCCCAGCCGCCGUUGGACGGCGGUGUUGGCGCCGCCGUCGGCUCCACCUGCGCCGCCGCCGUCGUCAUCGCUGGCUGAGCCGCCGCCGCCGCAACCGCCGCUGCCGCGCGCGGCUGCCCGGAGGUUGUCGUUCGUACGACCCGGUACACCAAAUCCGGAUGAUCCGGAUCUUGAGCGACCUCUGCUGGGGUCACAAGAUGGACAUGCAGGGCAUGAUGAGUCGGGUGCGGUGCCGGACCCACUUGCUCAGUACGGCAUCGGUGCUGACGUCGUCGUCGUCGGCGGCGGCGGCGGCGGCGGCGCGGGGGCUUUGGCGGCUGCCGGUAGUGGUGGCACGGGUUUGGCAAGCGGCAUGGUCAGCGGAGGGGCGGAGGAGACGUAUCUGCCGCCGCCGCCGCUGACAACGCUUUUGGAGGAGGGGGAUGAAGCUGACGCCGCCAGGACGUCAGCGGCGGUGCGUCGCGGCUCGUCGUACCAUGCUCCGCCACCGUUGCCGCAGCCGACGACGACGCGGCCGUCUCCCUUCCAGGCAUCCGCAAGCGCUGCGGUGCCGCCUUCUCCCAAGGCCUCCUCACUAACACAGGCAAUAGCAGCGGAUAAGUUCAAGGCAGCGGCGGCAGCAGCUGCGGCAGCGGCGGAGGCGGCAGCGGCGAUGCAGGCGGGAAGCGGGGAGGCGCCGGCAGGGCCCGAUGGCGCAACCCAGCUAGGAGGUGGCGGCGGUGCCGCGGGCGGCGGCGGCUUGUACGGCACACUUGGCGGCGGCGACGACAAGAUACCCUCGAGCGAGGCGUCCGCCAUCCUAACGCCGCGACGGUGUUCUCGGCCGCCGCCGCUGCUGACGCCGACGCCGCCACCUCGUGACACCGACACUCCGCCGACUGAGCCGCGCGAGGCAGCGGUGCCGCAGUCGCCGUCGCCGUCACCGGCUCCCCACACCACUCUCGACAUUGGGCCCCAGCCGUACGGAUACGGUGUCGGCGGCGCAGCCGCCCCGGGCACUGACGGCGCAGCGUCUGGGCUGCGCGCCUGGGCUCAUCGUACUGCAGUGUCGUUCCGUCGCAUUCCGAGGCGUUACGCCGCUGCAUUGCUGGCUUCAUGGGCCCUGUACCUGAUGCUUCAGAUCCUGCGGGGAUCUCAUCCGCGGUGCAGUACGGCAUGGUGGGCCCUAUUUGUCGUACAGAUCGCGGCCAUGCUGGGCAUCAGCGUCGUGGCAGUGGCGCUGGCGGCGGCGGAACAGCGCGCCAAGGGCGCUGCAAACGGCGGCGGCAAUGACGACGGUGUUGUCGAUAAGGCACCGGUGGCGGAAGACGACACCACGAUCCCUAUUUCUAACGCUCAAUGCCUUGGACGCAAAUCUGCAACUGAUGCCAACGGUAGCGCUUCCAACGGCGACGCACCGUCGGCGCCGCCGGCUGCCGUCGGCAGUGCCGCGGACGAGGUGGUUGAGGCGGCUGCGUUGCUGGUGCUGCGGGCGCCGCUGGCGACCAUGAGUACGACAUUCCUGGCGGGCAUUGUGGGCGGCUUGCUGGGGCUGGGUGGCGGCAUGGUGAUGGGUCCGCUGAUGCUGCAUCUGGGGGUGCACCCUCAGGUCACCGCCGCCACCAGCGGCGCCAUGGUGCUCUUCUCCUCCUCCUCCGCACUCACCCAGUUCGCACUGCUGCACCGCCUCAACGCCCCCUACGCCGGCUUCUUCGGCGGCGCCAGCCUGGUGGCGGGCCUGGCGGGGACGCAUGCCGUAGCUCGUGCCGUACGGCACAGCGGGCGGCCCAGCCUGGUGGUGUUAGCGCUGGCGGGGGUGAUGGCUGCGGGGGCGCUGAGUGUGGGGUCGUUCGGG